CCAGUUCGAAGCACAUCCGCCAGCUGCUCUCCCAAAACAGAAAGAGGGAAACAAUGCAUGGAUUCCGUGAUUGCUUGAUUGACAUCGGCUUGUAUCGCUUGGCGCCAUCCAAUCCUCGCGCCAGGAAUUUGACAAGCAACACGCAGACCGACACGCCAAAAGCUACACUAGCGCCACCACUCACUCCCUGGGCUGGCUGCCCGUGGGCCGGCUCCGUCUCUGCCUCCGUCCAUCCAUCCAUCAUCGAGAGAGAGAGGGAGAGAUCAAAAUUCUUGACAUCUCGUUUCCAUUGCACUUGCACCGCCUUUGCCCUCGGGUCAAUCAAGCGCACGCCUCGAGAGUCACGACAUCAGUCAGCGGACACCGCUUGGCCCGGGACCGAGGACAUCUCUGAUUGGCUGGCAGCUGGCUGUUGUGCCGCCAUUCAUUUGAAAGUGGCGGGCCGUCAAGCACCACCACCGGGCCGAGAAGCGAGAGGCAGCGAAUGA